AGAAUAAGGGAGGGGGCAAGGGGGGUCAGAUAAAGCAGUUGACCCUCGCCCCUUCAAUGACCCGAGAGAUAUCGUUCACUAAAUUCAUUGACGCAUCUCAGUCGAGUGCGUGGCCUCUUCUACUAUACAUCAUAGUGAUCGGUACUUUUCGUCAUGGUCGUUCAUUUCGAUUGUAUGUCAAAACCGGAAGUGCAUCUUCCAAAAUUAUUUCUUCUUUUUUCCUUUUUCAUAACAAUAGGCCAAUGUGAUGUUCAAAAUUCUAUUGGAAAAGAUGAUACCACAGCACAAAUAGCGCUUGGCGAGAAGCGACUCGAGGAUCAUAUUCGCGCGAUUGUAAAGCACUAUCAGCAAGAAGAUCCGAUAGGUCUACCUGGUGUGCCUAUACCCGAUCCCUUGCCAGUACCGGAUAUGAAGCAUUCGUUUUCUAUGUAUACUAUGAAUUUCAAACAAAUGAAUGUUUACGAUUUAUCAAAAUUCCGGAUAGUAAACAUGGAAUCAGAACUGGCUUUGAUGCAAAUUUCAGUGACUUUAAAUAUGAAAAACCUGAACAUUCGUGGAUUCUAUACUCUCUCUUCUUGGCUAUCACGAUCGGCUGGUAAUUUUACUGUGAAAUUGUCGGGAGUGUACGUGAAAGGACUUGGCAGGCUGGAAGUGGCCAGCGAUGGUAAACUGCAAGCACAAAACAUCGAUUUGGAUUUGACAUUUGAAAAGAUAGACAUGGAUUUCAAGAAUUUGGGUUUCUUGGGCUCUGUGUUUCAAAGCAUGAUCAAUUCUGUAGGCACCUUUAUUUUUGACAGUAUUAAACCUUUCAUAUUAAAGGAAAUAAAUACGAAAGCUAGGGGCGAAGCUAACAAACAAAUCUCACAGUUGCCGCAGCAAUUCCCGAAUUCUAUAUCGCCCUUCGAUAUGUUAAUAACCGAGAUCCGCAGACAAAUAUCUGAAAAAGGCUACGAUCCGUUCAAGGUGAAGGAUUAUAGCCAGACCGUCGGUAUAUUCACGGUGAUGUCGACUCAUACUUGGAUCACUGGCCUGGGAAGCGUUUACCGAAUGGGCAACGUUACUUUAAGCAUACAGAACAAAACAGUGUAUGCAACAAUCGAUGCUGGUACCCAAGAAAUUGAAGGAAAGACUCAUUGGGAAAUAAGCGUGAUCGGUGGCGUUUUAUCAAGAGCUGGUAUAGUUUCCUUUACUAUACAAUAUUUUAGGGUUCAAGUAAAAUUAAGCCAACCUCUGGACACUCGGCAAAAGCCGAACAUGGAAGGUCUUGAUCUUGAAUUGGGUAAUAUUCAAGCAAGAGUGCACGGAGCUGGUACCGUCGAUUACUUAAUCGAAGCAAGCAUUAAUAUAUUACCAAACCUUUUAAGGUAUCAGAUAAUGGAUGCAAUAGAAGGACCGCUUAAAAGACGUAUUCAAAUUGAACUAGACAAAGUGGACGUCGAAAAAGAGAUUUACGAACAUAUUCCACACAUAGAGGAACAUGCUACUAGACAUAUUCAUGGUUUGGUUCCUCCGGAAGAGACAGUUUUAGAAGAGUUAAUGCCGCCUCAGGAUCAAGAUGAACAACCAUUUUCGGAAAGUGAGGAAAAUCGAGGUCCUUCGUAAAAAUUGAACUUAUUAUAAAGUACAUAAAUAAUAAAGUACAUUGCGCGGUAUUUAAAUUAUUUAAAUUUGAAGAUACAAUUUUUUAACGCUACCAAAGUUACAAAAAGGAUCUGUUUACUGACAGAGGUCGUGAUAAAUACACUGCGCAAUACACUGUAUGCUUUGUAAAUAUUUUUGUUUUAUUAAAAUAUAGUAUUAAAAUAUA